GAUAUGAUGGUUGUUCGACAUAUGUAAAAAAGUUGACAGCUGGACUUUCUUUUUGCUCUUUUUCAAGGAAAUUAAUGGAAUCAAACCAUUCCAACCAGAACAAAACAGCAUAUUUAUUCUGGAAUUUAAAUUUUCUAGUUUUCAGUUAAAUUAUUCAACAAGAUUUGGGCAUCAGAUUAUGGAAAAUUUUGUGGGUUCAUCUGGGGUUGGUAGAAAUUUUUCUCAGGAGCUGGAAAAUUAUAAGGAUUCAAGAAAUUGUGUUGAGCAAGAAGAGACCUCAACUAUGGAAUCUCAGGCAGCAGAAUCAAGGCCCAUAGAAUGGACAAACGAGAAACAUAGUUUGUAUAUUAAAUCUAUGGAAGCGUCAUUUGUCGACCAGUUAUACAAAUCAUUGGAUUUAUUUGGUUCUGCUCUGGAAAAUUUCCAAGCAAAACCCAAAUCAUCCAAGCACAAGGUGAAGAGCACUGAUGUUCGUUCUGGCCAGUAUAAGGUUUUUCAAGAUGGCUGUCGGUCUAAAAUUGAUUUCAUGAGCAAUGAACCUCGUGUGAACAAUGCAGAGGAUACUGGUGGUCGCCAAGGUAAUCCGUGGAUCCAACAUUACAGGUAUGCCAACAGGCAAGCAGCCAGAAACUCUUCACUUUCCCACAUUAAAGCUUCUUCAACAACUACAGUGAAUCAAUUUCCUGAACGCCACUUUCAAAUCCGCCACCAAGAUUCAAUAGACAGCAAUACAGAGGUGAUGGGUCAGAACUUUAACGAUGAAGAUCUUGAAGAAGAGAAGUCGAGCAGAGUACAUGACACAAAGAGAACUAAAACUUCAAGAGAUAAUAUUUCAAGCAACGAUCAAGUGGUUCCUUUUGGCAUACUUCAAGUAGGAUAUGCUGCUGAAGACCAGAUAUCCUCUAAACACUAGGAUAACACAGCAACGUUGGGUAUAAGAUACAACUACAGCAGUUUUGCAAGUUUGGCAAGAUCAUUCUAACCCGUGCUAUAAGCAGGAAAAGCUUGAGGCAUAUCAAUUUGUAAUGGUACGAAGUCCUAUGAAUAAUCUCAUUAGUGGGAGGCCUUUGUUGUCUUUUUCAUUUUUUUUUUCUUUGGGAGUUCAAGGUGUGGGGUGGGGAAAUCUGAGGUUCAAAAUGCAUAGGCAAUGCUUCAGGAAUCAGGAUCUCUAUGGAGGUAAUUGAUAAUGACUUAGCUGGAAAUUGAAGUGUGUACAGUUUAUCUAUGAGGCUAUGUUUGGUAUGGAGUAGGCACCACAAAAUGUCAACUUUUUUUCUUCUUUAGUAAUAUUGUAAGCAGAGUCUGCCCUACCAAACAAGCCGUGAAGACACGAAUUGGAGUGUGUUCUUUUCUUUUGGAAGCAAGAGAUGAAGAAAGUUGUAUGAAAUAACUUGCAGACGGUGGAGUAUAUUUUUUUUUUCUUUUUUUAGUUCUUUCAGUAGAUUUCUCAGAAAUAUUUAUGAAGGUAUUCUUUAAAUAAAUCUGACUGUUGUCUGAAUCAUCAUUGUUUGUCAACAUGGAAAAAGCAAAUCUGUGCAGUUCAGUUUAGAGCAUUUUUGGCCAAGCGCCUUUAAAGUGGUGCUUAUAAGCUUAGCAAAAAGCAUGCUUUAAAUCUGCAUAUUUGUAAUCUUCUUCUGUAAGCGAUUGAAACGUCUGUAAAUAAAUAUAAGAGAAAACGUUCGGUAAGUUGAG